AUGUGGCCUCGGAGAAUAGUGCUCUCCAUCCCAUUUUGGUCACUUCGCAGGUCAGUCAGGUCCUCUCGAGACUCGAGGCUAUUGCGAAAGCAAACACCAAGAAGCCUUCCGCCACCAAGCAAAAGCUCAACAUCACGGUCAAGAGCCUCUUUAGACAAAAACACUGAGUUUAGGACUCAGUCACGCAGAUCACAGGCCGAAAAUUUGUCGUCGACACCUCGUGACACGGCACCGCAACAUAACACGCUUCUCGCACCUGUGCACAUUCCAGAAGAUCCGGGUGCUGUGCUUAAAGAUGGGCAUCCAGCUACGAAAAUACUCGCGAACUCUGGCUUGGUUGUUCAACGACAGUUGGAAAUGAUGAAUGUCUUGCUAGGAUUUGAACAAGCAAAUAAAUAUACAAUUUUUGAUGCCCAAGGGAAUUUAGUUGGAUAUAUGGCAGAACAAGAUACGAGCUUAGGAAAUACCCUUAGUCGUCAAUUUCUUCAUACCCACAGACCUUUUGUGACACAUGUUCUUGAUAUCCAUCAAAACGAAGUAUUGAGGUUUCAUCGUCCGUUUUCUUGGAUUAACUCGCGUAUUCGAGUAUAUGAUCCAUUAGAAGCAGCAAGCAACAAAAUUUACAGGCCAACAGAGGGCCUUUCAGGGGGCGCUGCGAGGCUAUCUUCCUUGGACCAUUCGCAAAUGCGUGUGGUUGGGGAGGCACAUCAGGAAUGGGCUCUACUGCGUCGGAAAUACAAUUUAUUCCUUUUCCAUGAAGUCCCAGUGCAGGAAACAAAACUUUCUUCCAAAGCUAUCGUAUUCCCAUCCUCUGGUUUAUCGCAAGCCCAGCAACCUCAAGUGUCCCUCCAAUAUGGCGGGCCAUCACAGGCUCAGCGGGUGCAUUUUGCGUAUGUUGAUGAGCCUAUGCUGUCGUGGGACUUCGCCCUCAGGACUUCAAACGCGCAAUUGAUAGGCUCUGUAAACCGCAAUUUUGCGGGAUUUGCUCGAGAAAUAUUCACUGAUACAGGAGUAUAUGCAUUACGCAUGGACUCUGCGGGUUUAGAAGACGACCAAUCACGAGGAAACGCGUCCCUUUCGCCUGCUAAGCGAGCAGCGAUGCCUCCAAUGACCCUGGACCAGCGAGCAAUAAUGCUAGCUACAGCUGUCACGAUCGAUUUUGACUACUUUAGUCGGCAUAGCGGGAGCCCUGGUAUCCUUCCAUAUGGUGUGGUUGGUUUGGGCGGUGUGGGUACAGAAGGUAUGGCAGGGGGGGCCGCAGCAGGGAUGGCUGGUGCCGGAACUCUCGCAGGCUACGAAGCCAUGCGGCGUGGUACGCAGGGAGAGCAAGAGCAGGGCCAUGAUCAAGCUCAAAUAUCACCAGAAGAGGAAAACGUGGGUAACGAAAGCCCAUGGGAUCGACAGGGACAUAAUUACUGGGAGGAUUCCCCCGAGGGAGACCCUUUCAAAAAUAAUGAGUAUAAUGGGCAGUCUGAUGUAAAUGACGACAGUGGUGAUUCCUGGUCAGACUUCUUCUAG